AUGGUAAAUUUUUUUACUAUUGCAGCAAAUAUUUUAUAAUUGGCAUAUUUUGUUCUUUUAAAUAAAUGAACUGAAUAGAUUUUAAGAUGCAAUAGAAUAAUAUGAUUCAGCUAUUCAGAAAAACCCAGAAAAUGCAGAUUUAUAUUAUGGCAAAGGUAUAAAUUAAUCAUGUAUAUUUUUUUUUAGGGAGUGCCUUAGAAAAGAUUUAUAGAUUUAAAGAAGCCUUGGAGUAUUAUGAUUUAGCUAUUCAGAAAAACCCAGAAAAUGCAGAUUAUUAUUAUGAAAAAGGUUUUAAUUAAUGAUGUAUAUUUGUUAGGGAAUUCUUUAUAAAAGAUGAAUAGAUUUGAAGAAGCAUUGGAGUAUUAUGAUUUAGCUAUUCAGAAAAACCAAGAAAAUGCAGAUUUUUAUUAUGAAAAAGGUUUACAUUAAUAAUGUACAUUUGUUAGGGAAAACCCUACAAAAGAUGAAUAGAUUUAAAGAAGCCUUGGAGUAUUAUGAUUUAGCUAUUCAGAAAAACCCAGAAAAUGCAGAUUAUUAUUAUGAAAAAGGNAUUCUGAUAUAAAAAGAGUUAUCGAAACAUCUAUAGCUUAUAGUUAUAAAAUAUGGAUAAUAAAUAACACUUACAGAUUCUAUAAAAGUAUAGAAGGGAACAUUUUGUUGA